AGUAUGAACAACGCUAUCCGGUUCUGUCGCUCUCGCGGAGCCCAUGUUGUCACAGUGGAAACCCCGGAGGAAAACUACUUUAUUCAGGUGGCAUUAAACAAUUCCAAGCAGUUAUCUCGCUGUUUCAUGGGAAUAACUGACUUUUGGUCUGAAGGAGAAUUCCAGACAUUACGGAGAGAACAGAUUCCUUACGAAAACUUUAAAGUUCCCGACCCCGAUAAUGGAGGACGAUCUCCUAUUCCUGAAAACUGUGUGUGCCUGUUGGCAAAAUCGGGCCUGUGGAAAGAUCAAGCCUGCACCAACACCAAAACCGACGCUUUCGUUUGUGAAAAGGCCCUUUAUCACAGGUCCUCACAAGGUUUAGAAAUUAUGUAUGGGAAGCGCCUUGAUGAUGCGAGCUGUCAGCUUGAAUCCUAUACUGUCACGUCUCCGGUGGAGUGUGCAGCCAGAUAUCUCCAGUCCGGCGUAGCGCUCGCCUUCAACGUCGCACGUGUGCUGUCAGGGACAACGCCCAAUUGUCACGUGAUGAACUGUACACCAAUGGACGUCAGCGCCGUGAAGACCGAUCCGGACUGGAUAUUACACCAUUAUCCUGAAAUUUAUUAGCCAAUCACAUCACGACUGU